AUGGCUCCUCUUCAGCAAGUGUCUAGACACGGCGGGCCAAACAAGUGUUUUGGUCUUUUCCAAAGUGCAUUGGAGUGUAUGACCAGCUCCACCACUGCCGACAGAACGGAAUGCCUGCCGCUGCGACAGGACUACAUCGAGUGUCGCAAACACCGUCUGGAGACGUACAAGAUGUUCAUUGUGGAGCAACACCUCAACGAGCGCGAGGACCUGGAUAGAGACGAGGUCGGUGCGCCAUACCUGAAGAGACGGGACUUUCUUACGCCAAAGACGCUCGGACUCGCCGACGGAGAAGACAAGCCGAUCCUCACUCACAAAUUCUAG